AUGGCCGUGGACGCCCUGACUCCCAACGACCCGCGGGUCGAGCACAAGUACGCCUCCGUCGGGGGUUACACGUACCACUACAUGCUGGCAAAGCCCGAGGGCACACCAACAGCGACCAUCUUCCUCAUCCACGGCUGGCCCGAUCUCGCCAUGGGAUGGCGCUUCCAGGUGCCCUUCCUGCUGUCCCUGGGUCUGCAGGUCGUGGUGCCCGACAUGCUUGGUUACGGACAGACUUCUGCGCCGGACGCCCCGGAGGAGUACACGUUCAAGAAGAUGACGGGUCACAUGGCGGCUAUUAUCAAGGAGGUUACUGACCAGCCGAUCAUUCUUGGGGGCCAUGAUUGGGGCGGUUUCUUCAUCUGGCGCAUGACGAACUACUACCCCGAGCUGAUCCGGGCCGUCUUCAGCAUCUGCGUACCCUAUAUGCCGCCAACGCCCGUGAAAAUCUCGCUGGAGCAGUUCGCAGAGAAGAUGCCCAACUUCCGCUACCAGCUGCACCUCGCCAGCGGCGAGGCCGAGAAGAUGAUCGACAAGUCGACCGAGCGGCUGCGCGGCUUCCUCAACGGCAUGUACGGGGGCACGACGGCCGACGGCGGCCGCGUCUUCAGCACCGACACUGGCAUCAUCGAGGAGAACCUCGACAAGAUCCGGCCGAGCCCGCUGGUCGGCGCCGCCAUGGUCGAGCACUACGUGCGCGAGUACUCGCGGAACGGCCUGCAUGGUCCGUGUAAUUGGUACCGCACGCGUGAGCUCAACGCCGACGACGAGGUCCCGAUUGCGGGCGACGACCGCUUCAAGCGGUUCGCGAUGCCGGCUAUGCUGAUUAUGGCCGAACUUGAUGCUGCACUGCCGCCGUGGCUGGCGGACGGCCAGGAGAAGUACUUUGAGGGCGGCCUGAAGAAGGAGGUCAUUCCGGGGGCUUCGCACUGGGCUAUGGUGCAGAAGCCGGAGGAUACCAAUAGUUUCAUUGGGGAGUUUGUUAAGAGUGUCUUGGAUGGUGACUCCAAGGCGUCCUUGUGA